AUGGUCGUGAUGGACACGGUUUUCAACACGAUUUUGUCCGUUUCGGUGCCUCUCAAUGUCUUGGGAUUCUAUUUGACGGCUUUUGUCUCUAUGCACGAUUAUACAAUUCGCAUCUUUUUACUGUACCUUCAGGUUUGUGUCAAUAAAAUUGUUCUAUCUGAAAUUGCCUUGUAGCUCGGAAUUUCUGGGUUAUUUUACUAUCAGACUUAAUUUUAAGUAAAAGAGCAGGUCAGUACAAAAAUCAUUACAAGGGUCUUCAAAAGAACAAAAACCAAAUAUAUAAGUUUCUCGGAGCGACGAGCUUUUUCUGUUAUUCAGGGUCAAAAAAGACUUCUGCGCUUCUAGAAAAAUAGUUUUAACUAAUAAGCGAAAUGAGAAGUUUUUCUUAAAAAAUGCGGUGCGGACAGCUUUUCUUAUCUUUCCGAAAUCCAGGGUUCGAUCCCCGUAGCUUUAUACGUUUUUAUCCUAUUCCAUUUUCCUAAGUUUCAUAUUUUUCAGGCCCUAGCUUUGAUAUUCGACAUUUACGUCGCUUUGCUGGUUCGUCCGGUCCUUCUCCUGCCCUCAUUGACUGGACAUUCACGUGGACUACUUCAAGGAGUUUUCCCGUUUAACGAGCAAAUGGUAGAAACUGAAGAGUAUCGUUUCAAAGGAUUAUUUAAUAGAUAUUUGGCGUUUUUCUGCUCUCGUGGCUGGCCGUUGGCCUCACCUGCGGCUACAUUCAGAAGCACAGGGCGGUGGCGUCUGUUGAAGCGGUUGGUUUAGGAAAUUGAAUGAAAAAAAAAACUAAUCAUGUUUUUUUCUACAUCUUCGAAUAGAGUGAGUGGUCUAGUAACUAGUUCCAGAUUCGGUCCAUUUUGAAGAAAAUUAUGAUGCAAUUCCGUGUACAAGGUGAUUCCGCGGAACUCUAAACAAAAAGAUAACUGAAUUUUGGAGAGUCAAAGAUAAUUUUACAUUACGCGGAUUUUAUUUUGAACACGGCAUAAACAGUAAGACUGAAAACCUAGUAAUUUAUUUUUGGUAAAGUUUUGUUCACAAUUUUUCGAUCUCUAAAUGCUAGUUGAGUCCAAAAUGGAACUUCAAACAGGACAUGAAAAGUUGCUUGAAGUUCUGCGAUCAUUUCGAAGAACUCUAGGAGCAUCAACUACGCUCCGAGUAUUUCUGGACAAUCGCCGGUUUCCUGCACGUUUUGCCCCUCUUUCUCAACCUUCCUCUGAUGGUCAUGUCGUUUGGAAGAACUAUCGACAAAGAUGAGGUUAGUUAUUUAAUUGGCAAAAAAAAAAAAUCAAAAAUGAGGAUAAUGGUUAUUCCUGAGUUUUUUUGUCUCUCUUGAAAAUUCCGCAUCAGCUUGUACAAGGUGGCUGAUCAUAUUAGGGCUGUUUUUCGGUUACAAAAUGGAAAUUUUACUUUUUGAGACUUAACUUAUUUUUUUACCUCGAGAAAUGUUCUGAACUAUUGCAAAAAAUGACAUAAGUUUUGAAAAUUUCCUGGCUCCGAAAGAGACGGCGAAAUAUCGAUCGACAUCCGGCUGCCUUACAAGAACUGUCUUUGACACUCGCUCUGUCACGAUUUUUUGUCAGAUUUACAGUACCCUUUUCUACGAAGCGCGCAGCUUGUCCCUGUGCAUGGGCUUUCAAUUUAGCUUAUAAACUUCCGUUUUUAUAAAGGCGCAUGCACAGAGGCAGGCCGCGCGCAUCGAAACUAAAGGAUUCUGUUGUUCGGAGGAAAAAAGUCGUGUAAAGUUGGCUCGGAAUAGGCUACCUGUAUGGUUUUCGCAGACAUAUUUUCAGAUAAAAUGAAUCAACAAAGCUCAGUUUCAGCUAGGAGACGACUGGAACUCCACUAGAACCUUCACUGAAAAUACAACUACGAAAAAUGCGAUAUUUGUCCUGCAUCGAUUCAAAGACGACCGAUGGGCGACGGCCUCGGUCUUCAGCGCUUUCGCCCUCCUCUUCACGGUGACGUCACUGAGCUGCGGUUUCGCCAUUCACACGCUGGUGAUGCUCCACCGACUGCGAAACUUUGCCGCGUCGAAGGCCAGCGGCGCGUUAUCGCGCCUCGCCGGACAGCUCAUGGUCGUCUUCGUCACGCUUUUGCUCCCUGUCAUUUUCCUCAUGACUCUUCUUUUCUUGAACAUCGAGAGUGGAGAAGGUAUAGUUUUCAGAGGGAUAAUAUUGUUCGAAACUCACAUUCUUAAAAUUUUGUAGUUGCUCUUGUUGAAAUGAAUAGAAACGCCGCGGUCGCGUUGCAAUCGGAGUCAAGCUCACAGUCUUUUGGCCAUUUUAACCUUUUUCAAAAUUAUUGUUGUUAAAAUAUCAUAAAUUAGAAACUUUUCUAUAUUUUUCUCAAGCUAAAAAAAUUCAGAAUAUUUCAACGUCGCCAUCACCCUCAUGAGCACUCAUUCAUCUGCUCAGGUCGUUGUUGUCACGAUAAAGACUGCGCGUUAUCGCGCGACUGUGUGGAAAAUUUGUUUAAGGUUAUUUUACGCUUUCGCAUGCUUUUCGAAUCACAAAUUCAGAAUCAUCAACCACUGCCGUCGCAAAAAACAGAGAAACAUCACGGCAUCCAGAGAAAGCCGAAAGUCCGAGGCGUCACACGCCAACAUCAUCCAAUUCCAGAGCUUCUCCAGAAAUUGA